ACAUGUGCUGCAACUAGUCAGCAAGGUCAAAGUGCCUGGUAGCCUCAUAAUACGAACAAAUUUAUAUUAUAGACGACUCAAUAAUCCUACGUCGACCGACCAUUGCUGCCGCUUAGGAUCCCUCUAGAGCGGAGCAACAUCGGCCCGGGAACGCGCAAGUCGAGCUUCCUCCGCAUUUGUCGAUACAUCAAUAGAAAGCCGAGGCGAUCGUGCUCCACCCUUACAAAUUGUCUCGCUGCAGCGAGUCGAACGACAAGAUUUGGGGUUGAUGGCCGUUGCAGAAUUGAGGGACUGCUUACAAGAUGGACGUUUUCGCAGCGAGCGAAAGUGUCAACAUGCCGGAUCAGGAGAAGCCAGAUGGCAACACCAGUACAGAAAGUCGUUCGGAAGAGGCGAACAAAUUCCAGCGUGCUAUUUCGGCUUGGAGAGGCAUCGAUUUAACAAAUACAAUUCCGAAACUUGACACCACCGCUUCGGAGAUAGUCGCAAAUCAGCGAGAUGCUUUGGUGCAAAGAAAAGACCUCGCGCAAAAGACAAAGGAUUUUAGGAAACUCGACGAUGCCUCGAAGCUGACGGAAUACAAGGGUCUCCUGAAAGCAUAUCAAACGUUCAUUGAUCUCUUGACAAACCAUGGCAAAACAUCUUCGUCGUCUUUCUUGCAAAUAUACUCGUCUCUUUCCGAAGUGCCGGACCCUUACCCUCUCCUGGAGGCGUCAGUUGACUCACUCGUCGCAUCCGAAGACACCGUACCGAAACUGACAGCAGAGAAAGAACAUUUGCAAAAGUCAGUGGAGCAAUUGACCAGCCAACUCGAGCAAACCGAAAAAAGAUUGGAAGAGGAAAGCACCACCCGAAAAAAUUUGGAGGACACGCAGGACUCAAAGACAAAGGAAAUCGAGUCUUCUUGGGAAGCCGUGCUGUCAGAAAAGACCAACAACUGGGAAGCCAAGGAAAAGAGUUUGGAAGAAAAGAUUGAAAACCAAGAGAGGCUACUGAAAGAACUAAAGGCGUCACUGGAGGUGUCACAAAGGCUUGAUAAGGGAGAAGAGGUUGAUACAAGUCUCAACGCCGCCACCGCAGCAGAGCUCGAAAUCGUUACGUCGGAUCUAGAGAAGACUAGUCUACGCCUGGCAGAGGUAGAAGCACGCAAUGAACAAAUGAGGCUAGAGCUUGCUCAGGCAGCAUCUCAUCCUCAUGCCGAACAAAAGACCAUCGAUGACGACCCUGCAUAUCUUCGACUUCAGUCAGAGAACUCAUCUUUGCUGAGAAAGCUUGAUGCUGCAAGAUAUGACCGAGACACUGAAAGGCAUAACUGGGAAACCAAACUUCGUCAAAACGAGAGAGAAAAUGCCAAAUUUGCUGCAGAGAAAGAUGAGCUUCGAUCAAAACUCGAGAAAUAUGCCGACUAUGAAGAGAUCAAGAGGGAGCUCGAGGUCAUCAAGUCUAUCGAAUUUUCGACGGGAGACGACGAUGAUGCAGGUGACGUAACGGAAGAAAUCAAUAGUAAUGCAAAUGGUGCAGCCAAAUCCAAAGAAAACACAUUGGAGCAAUUAUUAAUGGCUCGCAACAAAAAACUAACUAAUGAACUCACCGUCUUACGAGUGUCACAUCGUGAUCUUCAAAGCCAGAUAGACACUCUACAAGAGGAGGUCUCAAAGACAAAAAGAGAUCUUGAGAAGUCCCAGCAGCUCUCCACAACACUUGAGAACGAUCUGUUCCGGUUACAAAAAGGAUCACAUGCUCUCCCAUCAGCUGCAAUGUCUGUUGCAGGCACAUAUACCUCUCGAUAUCAUUCAUCUCGAAGAGGUGGAGGCACGUCACCUACUUCCUCGAUAAUAUCAGGCUUUGACCAAGCCGCUGCUUCCUCUAACACAAUGGAAGCUAUUCGUGCCGGUGAACCCGUUGGCGGAGGCUCGGGUCUCCUCCCGAUGAUUCAAGCCCAACGAGACAGAUUUAAACAAAAGAACGCCGAAUUGGAGGAAGAACUAUCAAACACAUAUGCAAAUGUCAAAUCCCUUCGGCAAGAAAUCGCCGCCCUGCAAAAGGACAAUCUCAACCUAUACGAAAAGACCCGCUACGUCUCGACAUACAGUCGCGGCCAAAGUUCCGCUGCAACAUCAGCAUCAACCUUUGGCAACCGGCCAAGCGCGACUUCAACACACCCUUCCGGCGAGUCUUCUUCCAGCCUCUCGCUGGACAGGUACCAGUCCGCGUACGAAGCACAAAUAUCCCCCUUUGCCGCUUUCCGUGGUCGCGAGGCCACAAGGGCAUACAAACGCAUGAGUCUACCCGAGCGAUUCGUUUUCUCAGUAACUCGAGUUGUACUUGCGAACCGCACAAGCCGGAAUUUGUUCGCUGGUUACUGCCUUGCUUUGCAUAUACUCCUUUUCGUCAUGCUGUACAUGAUGAGCGCGGUUGAAAUAGAAAAACAUCACAUUGACAAUCUUGCUAGCGGUGCUGCUGCGGCUGUGGCUGCGGCCGCUGGGGGUGAUGGUGCUAUUCGCGGAGGUGCUGGAGCUGGUGGACAACAUUUGCAAGGCGACGAUUGGCAACAAGAAGGCUUCAGUUGAUGUAUUCUAAUCAGGUUUCGUUUUGGUGUAAUUUCUUACUUUCUCUUGGAGUUCAUUUUGGCGUUGUUAACCAACACAUCAUUAUUCAUGUCGUCAGUACUAUAUUUAUACGAACAGUGAUACUCCGCAUUUGCAUGAUAAUGUUCAAUAGUGAUUCGAUGUUUAUAUGUAAUUUUUUCUACAAUUCAUUAAUGUCUUAACGAGCCAUCACUUUAACGUUGUCGUCAACUCAUACAUCACCAGUAC